GGCUGUCAGAUCUUGCUGACUAAGUCACUAUCUCACAGCCCAUGGAAGAGGCACGAACAAGUGCGACAACUUCCAGUAAUUCCUGGAGAUACAAAGCAUCUGAUGCAUCUUGAUGCAGCUUUUGCAAACCUGCCAUGCGUGCAAAUACUUCAUUGUCAUUUUGUGCAUUGGGACACAUGCAGCGUGGCAAAAGGUUCAUUCCUGUCUACCAAGAUCAACUUGGGCUUUUCAUCUUUGCUCUCAACUCCACGCGGUGCAAAGCCUGUGCGACGUCCGCCUCACGUGGUGAAGAGCAUCGCUGCGCGGAAUGUUUGCGACAGUUGCACCACAUCGCACAUGCAAGGCCUUUUGCCAGCGCCAAAUGUGGCAAGCGAAGAUGAUGCUGAUCAAAGCAAUCGAGCACCGCAGCCGCAGCCGGUACCUUUUGGUAGUGGCGUGGCCACCGGGAUGGCGUGUCCAGCUGGCAAAACAUCGCGGCCGGACACUUGUUUCAUGACACAUCGCUACGUGAAGCAGGAGAUUGCCUACCUUGCACGCCGCAUUGACGAAGUGGGGCGAUAUUUUUUAGCACUGGAGUCCAUGGUUGGCUCAGGAGCCUUGGGGCCAGUCCUGGAGCGCUGCUUGAAGGACUUGGAGGAGUGCCUUCAAGAGCCUGACAAGUUGAAGGAUGCUGAUGAGGUGCAAAGUUUCAUCGAUGCUGCCGUCCGACUGGGCUUGAGCCCGGCAAGGUACAAGCCAUUGCAGAAUCGCUUGUCUUGGCUUAACCAUGGCCGGCGUCACCAAGAGAUCCAAACCGAGUUGGCCACAGCUGCCCCAUUUGCUGACGAUGCAGUGGGACUUCAACAGAGUAUCGACGACGGUGUCAGGAGCGGCAUCGGUGCACAAGAGCUGCAGCGAGCCAGGCAGCGUUUGGAUCAGCUGAAGGAGAACGAGACCAAUGAAGAAAUGUUACGGGCAGCAUGCAGAGGUGAUUUCACCACAGUUGAAUUGAAACUCAGAAAAGGUGCAGACUGCAACUGGCAACAAAAAACCAGUGGGUACUCCUUGUGGCAUAUUGCUGCAGACACCGGUGACCUUACUCUGGCAAAUUUGGCCAAAUCCUUCAAUGCUCGAACGACCUUGCUUGACAGAUCUGGUUGGACCAGUUUGAUGGUUGCCUCUGCCAAUCAUGAUCGCCGUCUUGUUCGAGCCUUGCUCGAUGCCGGUGCAGAUCCUGGUGCAACGAGUGCCAGUGUUGAGAUGGUGCUGGAGUGCCAUGCCGAGGAGGAGUUGCAAUCUAUCAAAGCAAACCUUGAUGUCACAGGACGAUUGGAGAGCUAUCUUGCGACUCCAAGUCUUCCAUCUUUAGACACCGGUGACCAGCUCCUUGCAGGCGAAGAACUUCUACUGCCUACCUUUCGCCGAGUCUCUGGGCGAACAGCAUUGCAUGUGGCCCUUUUGCGUCCUGGCCAUGAGAGUGGCCGGCUUGCAGUGCUCAAGGAGAUUCUUUCUCAAGAUGUCCCUGGUAUCGUGAAUGCGCAGGAUGACUUGGGACAAAGUCCUUUGUGGUAUGCUGCCAAAGGAGGUUUCAUUGGAUGUGCCAGAAGUCUGCUUCGGGCAGGUGCUUUCGUUUCGCUGGGGUCCAUGUCUUCUUUGCAAGCUGCCAUGAGGUUUCUGUCUGCAACAGGCAGCGCCAGGCUGACUUCCCGUGGUGAAGACAUCUUUCGUUUGCUCCUUCGAAACGGAGGGUCCGAUUGUGCUGAACAAGUCAGAGACGCUGAGACCUUUUUGGACACAGACUUGGCAGUGUGUGAGAAGCCUUCCAGCUUGGAAGAUGCCUUGGCCAGCCUCGGCGCAGCUGAAGCCAUCGAAGAGGGUUUCUUAGAUUAUAGCACGCAGUUAGAGGAGGAGUAUGAACGGCGACUCCUGAUCCAACGCCCUUUGUUUGGCAUGAGUCUGACUUCUGCGGAAGAAGCAGCGGACUUUGCCAAGGGCGCCCUCGAGGAGUUGACAGCGUUGGCGUACACGGUGGCGCACCCAGCAGGAGGAUAUGUGGAACUGGGCCCAGAGCCUUCUGCCAUACGCAUGUCCAGAUUGUAUCGACAACAGCAAGAACAUGGCCUGGUGUUUGAUGACUGGGCUGCAGUGGUUGGUGGCUGUGAGGCCACCCUGAUCUUCCCGAAGCUGGAAGAUGUUUAUCAAGCGCUCGCAGACUUAGAAAAAGCAAAGAGCUGCAGCAUUAGAGGAGUUAAAGACAGUUUGCUGAGUGGACUCUCCACAUUCUUUCGAGAGGAUGACCUUGAGGAUCUACCACCCGAGGACGCCGCGCGCGCGGUGGCGGUGCAGGGUCUGGCUGCGGCCACAGAGGUGGCGCUGCGAAACCUUGCUGAGGACGGUUCUGGUGCGGAGAGCUUGGGUGCGUUGGAACGCGAUAACUUGCUGCGUGGCCCAUUGUUCGAUAUAGAAUCUGCUGUCCUCCCAGACGUAUCAGUUUGGAUCGACUGCUCCGGCUGCGUUUGCUUGCUGCGGCUGACAACGGAGCGCGUGCAUGAGGUCGUCCAAGCCGAGUUGGAUUCUGGUCGGUGGGCGCUGGAAGAGUUGGCAAGAGCCAUGCAUUUAUCCUUGCAAUCGCCCGAAGGUACUGACACAGAAGAUGAGAUCUUGGAGAUCCUAGAUGCUGCAAAAACAAUUCUUGGAAAAGACUACUUGGCUCAAGUCUUGGCAAUUCCAUUGCAGGGCAGCUGGGCAUGUACAGUGGCUGGUUUGGCCGCGCACAGCGGUCUGACAAGCGUCUUGAAGAUUCUCAUAGACGCGGGUGCUCCCAUCAGCCAACCGCGCCUUCCAGCAUCUUGCGCGCCCAGGGGUGAUUACAGUCCAUUGUCCUUGGCGAUUGCGGGGCAACACUGGGAGUGCGUGUCUCUCUUGAUUGCUUCAGGUGCAGAUCCCUUUGAGUCCUGCUUGGACGACCUGACGAGAAGCCUUCACGCAUCGCAAGGCUUUCAGGA